AUGGCUGUUGGUCAUGCCUUAUACAGAGUGUGGAUUUAUGGAGAGUUUAUGUGUAAGGUAACAGCUUAUUUACAAGGAGUAACUGUUGCUGCCAGUAUUUUUACGAUAUCAACAUUAAGUGUAGAUAGAUUCUUGGCUAUCCGCCAUCCAAUGAUAUUCCGUCGAGUGAGUAACACUAGAGCCGCUACCAGAAUUAUUAUAGUGAUUUGGAUAGUUUCUAUUGUGAUCAUGGCGCCACUACUUAUUGUCAAGAAAGUGAACACCUUACAUCUAUUUGAAGAACCAAUACAUUUCUGUCAUGAAAUAUGGCCGCAUAUCACACAUCGGCAAGCUUACGAUAUCUGCUUGUUCUUGUUUGUGUAUGUUAUACCGGGUAUUGUUAUUUUCAUUGCAUAUAGUCUUAUUGGUAAUAAAUUGUGGACUGAGGAUAAAAACCUACAGCGAACAGAGUCGGAAACGAGUAAAGGUAUUGGGAGACAUGUUAUGUCCGGGCGGAAGCGAGUCGCUAAGAUGUUAAUAGCAUUAGCAGUAUUAUUUGCCGUGUGUUGGUUGCCUUAUUAUGUUGUUAGUUUGUACUUAGAUUUCACAACAGAAGGUGUCAAGAACUUUUUGCUAGUUUUGCCGUUCACUAUAUUGUUAGGGCAUUCUAACAGUGCUUUCAAUCCUAUAUUAUAUUUCUAUUCAAGUCAAAGUUUCAGAAAGUAUCUUUACAGAGCUUUGAAAUGUAGGUCAAAUAGAACUAAGCGUUCGCUUGCCGUUCGAUAUACCCCUGCUCAAAACAAUAAACACCAAGAUGCAAAUGUCAAACCUCGCAUACGAAUUUCAAGUACAGGAAGUUUCAAGUCUUCGGGUACUGGAAGUUUCAGAUUUUCAAGGUCAUCAAACACGAGUCUUAAAUCUUCGAACUUGUCAAGUCGAUCACGUGACAGUAGGAGUGACAAGAAACGUGAAUCGGAUAAAGAUACAUUGAUGAUCGAGAGAAAAAGUUAUACUCUUCCUCUUGUCAUUAUGCAUGGCAAUGGCGGGAAAAGAUUACUUAAAGCUCAUAAAAAAGAAAUUCUUGAUACCUCAUUAAGUAUUCCCUCCACAAUCAAUGAAGAGAGCAGCCGACUAGGAUCAAUUAGUCCUGUCAAUGUAGUAACUACUUUUAAAGCUGAUAUAAUGCCAGAGAUAGAGGAGGCACCUGAAGAUAUACAGCUGUAUCUCAGCGUGUCUAAAACAGAACUGUCACUCAAAUACAUUGACAGCGAAGAAGAAAUAGACGACGUUUGA